CUGACGCAUUAUCAAUUACACACAUAUACAAUAUUUAUCACGUAAUAUAUGUCUGUUUCUAUAUAUUAAUGAGCUUUUGUUUCUGCAAAGUUCGUAUCCAAAAUGUUUUGUGCAUCGCAAGCAUCGACGGCUACCGCUAGCCACGACGAAGCACGUGCCAUCGACCGUCAUAAUCCCAUUAUCAAAGAUGGUCGGAGAUCUUUCACGGCUCCAUGCUCUUCCGGCGACGACUACAUUGCACCGUACCGCCAGCUUUCGAAAGUUACGAGAAUACCCUCCUCUUCCGGUGAAGGGAAGAUGAUUCAGGUGGGGGAGAAGGGAAGAAAGAGCACUUCAGGGUCGUUGUUGAAGCUCAGUGAUAAUAUCAGCUUAGCGAGGAAGAGUUUUGGCUGUGUUGCGGGACCCGCGUGUGACGUUACCGAAAGUACUCCUCCUGGUUCUACAAGGUAUCUUCUUGGAUCCGAACCAGUCUCUUCGGGUAAGGAUAUGGUUGUAACGGAGGAGGGUGAACCUUCUUUGUUAAAAAGAGGCUCUGGAGCUGCCGUGGAGGAGAAGAAUAAGGCUUCUUCUGGUGGUUCAGACCAGGUGAUUGUUCUUAGAGUGUCUCUUCACUGUCACUGCAGAGGUUGUCAAGGCAAAGUGAAGAAGCAUCUAUCUAGAAUGCAAGGUGUGACAUCCUUCAGCAUAGACUUUGCUUCAAAGAAGGUAACUGUGACGGGAGACGUCACUCCCUUGGAAGUAUUGGGUUGCCUCUCAAAGGUAAAAAAUGCCCAAUUCUGGACACCACCUCCUCCACCUGAGUCAUCACUCCCAAGUGCAAAUCCGGAAAACUAAAAAAGGACACACAAUAUUUUGUGUAUUUCGAAUUCAUAUCUCAUUAGUCUGAAUCAAAUCAAUGGUAAAACUUGAGACUUACCCUACUCUAUUUUUAUUGUUCAUUAAGUAAGACCAAAACAUUCAGAUGAUGAUUGAUGCUUGUUUAUUCAUCACCUUAUAUGAUGAAACUGUCACAUUAAAUAUUACAUAUUGCAUUUUCUAGUUUAUUUUAGCUGUAUGGAAAAUAGGGAUAAUAUUUAACAUUCUAGAAGAUUGCAUCUACCACAAGCUCUGCUAUGAGUUCAUCUGUCAGCAUUUCCUCAAUAUCUCUACCUAUGAUUUCAAUGUCAUCUUCCAAACUCAGCCACUGCAACUCCCUCUCCUCCACAUCAUCUCUCCUUGGUUUCUCCUCUUUUCUUGUGACCAAAUCGCUCAGAGUCUCUUGUAUCUUGUUUGAAUCCCAUUUCGGGCAGACCCUCGUGGGUUUAACCCAAGGGUGUGGAUCCGAAAACUGCUUUAGUAUCUGCAUUAGCUCUCUGCUGAUCUGAUCAAACAGGAACUUUCUUUCUAACCGGGUUGUGGUUUUCAAGGUGGAGUACUUCUUCUCAAGAUCUUGAAACAAGGAUGGAUCUACAGGUGUUUCCAUGACAGUGUUGUGGUCUGAGUCACUCAAACUUAAGUUAGCUAGGAGAUCAUCUAAGUAUAGUGACUUCCAGUCUUUUUCUCUGACCUCUAGACUGACAACCCUCUCAUUAGUUUUUGUUGUUAAUGACUCUGCUUGAUCUGUGUCUUCAUCACUCGAAAUAAGCAUGCCACCUUCAUCGUAAGCAGCUGACUCUAGUUUGAGAAGCUGAAGUUGCAUCCUGAGUCCUGGAGAAUACAGAUAACAGUUAACUAGCGCUGAUAACACCAAGUUUGAAGAUACAGAACUGCACGAAGGAAUCAAUAGACUGACAAGCAUUGAUUGACUACCUUGGAGAUCAGCGCUAACACUCUCAAAGCAUUCUGAACUCGAUGAAACAUCAUCAUCAAAGGAAGCUUCUAGAAUUGAAACCGGACUUGGUUGAUCUCCUUCCUUUGAGCUUUCACGAGACUGUGGUUCAGGAACUGACGAAUGAUUUACAUCCUUAGUUGGCAUCCUUGAGACAUCCUAGAACAUCAGUGAACAAUUAGUUACUUGUUAUAACAAACACGUAUAUCCA